AGCCCUGUGCAGGGAUCGACUUGCAGGCUUUCGAUUGUCGCUGGUGUAGUACUGGUUGCAGCUUAAUCUCUGAUAGUUGGUCAUCCCCCAAUCCCUUGUCAUGAAAUGUGUUGUCUUCCUUCUUCUACUCCAUGCCUUCUCCCUGGCUUUGGAGAAUGGACUUAUGAGAACGCCCCCCAUGGGGUGGCUUGCUUGGGAGCGCUUUCGUUGUAAUGUUGAUUGCAAGAAAGAUCCCCAUAAUUGUAUCAGUGAGACUCUCUUUAUGGAAAUGGCGGACUGUCUGGCAAUGGAUGGUUGGAGGGAGCUGGGCUACGAGUAUGUGAAUAUUGAUGAUUGCUGGAUGGCAAAGAAGCGGAAUAUGACGGGACAUCUGAUUCCGGAUCCAGAGAGGUUUCCCAGAGGGAUCAAAGCCUUGGCAGACUAUGUUCAUUCACGGGGUCUGAAACUUGGCAUUUAUGGUGAUCUAGGCACCCAUACUUGUGCAGGUUUCCCGGGUACUACAUUAAAUUGUAUUGAACAAGAUGCUUUAACGUUUGCACAAUGGGGAGUGGAUAUGCUGAAACUAGAUGGUUGCUACUCAUCAGCAGAUGAACAGGCCCAAGGUUAUCCUAGAAUGUCCAAGGCUCUGAAUGCAACAGGUCAUCCCAUUGCUUAUUCCUGCAGUUGGCCAGCCUAUCGAGGGGGACUCCCACCUUCAGUGAAUUAUACUCUUUUAGCAAAUAUAUGUAACCUCUGGAGAAACUUUGAUGACAUACAAGACUCUUGGAGAAGUGUCCUCUCUAUUGUGGAAUGGUUCUCAAUGAAUCAGGAUGUACUUCAGCCAGCAGCUGGCCCUGGCCAUUGGAAUGACCCUGACAUGCUAAUCAUUGGAAACUUUGGGCUGAGCCUUGAAGAAUCCAAGUCCCAGAUGGCCUUAUGGACAAUUAUGGCUGCUCCUCUUUUCAUGUCCACAGACCUCCGUGUUAUUUCUGAAAGUGCCAAGGAGAUUCUACAAAACAAAUUGAUGAUCACAAUUAACCAAGAUCCCCUGGGAAUUCAAGGUCGUAGAAUCCUUCAGGAGAAAUCUCGAAUUGAAGUAUUUCUGCGGCCUCUUUCCCACUCAGCCAGUGCUCUGGUUUUCUUUAGUCAGAGGACAGACAUGCCAUAUCACUACACAACUUCCCUUGCACAGCUCAAUUUUACAGAGAAUGCUGUCUAUGAAGCACAGGAUGUGUACACCAGUGAAAUAAUCAGUGACCUGAAGAUUGCUACCAACUUCACAGUGGUGAUUAAUCCCUCUGGAGUAGUUAUGUGGUAUCUGUACCCAGCAAUGUACCUGGGGCAGCCUUCCAACUUCAUAAAGCAGCAGGUGAAAGCAAAUAAAUUCAGUCCCUUUAAUCUGUGAUAGCCAGCAGUUGAAUAACAUUUUGGAAAGCUGCUAAGGAUUCACCACUCCCUAUUGGUACACUUGUGGUACUUCAACAGAGAAAAAAAAAGAUUGUGUAGGUUGGCAGUUUUACACAAGUAACAUACAAAUUGAGAUCUACCUGUACACACAAUGGAGAUGCUAUUACAGUAGUUCACUAGUAUGCAGUCCAAUAGUUCUAAGUACAGUAGACAUAAAUAAGUAGACAUGUAUUCUUAUUUAUAUAGAUUAGACUGCUAAUGAUGGUCACAUGCUUUGAGAUAAUCAAUUAGAAGCUGGUUGCCUAUAUAUAAGCAUAACCAUGGGAAAAAUUUAUAUUUUGUACAAGGAAUUUCCUAUAGAUCACUGAAUUGUAAAUUUCCCGGAUUCCAAAACUGAACUGGAAUUGUCCUUUAAUGCACAGAAUUUCUAUUGCACUAUAGGUGUUUUUAAUGAUAUCAGCUAUUUCAGUAGUUGAAAUAAUUGCAAAAGUUCUUUUUGUUAAGGGUUCUAGCAUUUCUUUUAUUGUCGCUUAUCUGACUGGCUUAAUUUUCCAGGAUUUUUAAUUUUUUUAUUCUUUUGUUGUAAACAACUCUUUAGGGACUAUUUUUUUUAUCAUAUGUUCAGAUGUUUAUAUUUUUAAAUAAGUUUUUGAAUAAAGAUU